CUGCGUCGCUGGGCGCUCAGUCAGCCUGCGGCGCUGAGCGUAUUGACAGCUGCAUCAUUCCGCCCUGCUGAGUUAUUGGGAUUUGUUUUGCCUCUUUUCCGGCUUGGUAUUGAAGCUGUCCGAGCACCUCCAUGCUUGUGCAUCGGUUGUUAUCCGGCUAAUUGUUAUUGACUGCUUUAUACUUUAUUUGUAUUUUUUUUCAUUCCAUCGAUUCCAUUGAUUUUUUUGUUGUUGCCCCGCCUCCCGGGGGAGGGGGAGGAGGUGGUGGUGGUAGGGAAGCCAGAGAGGAUGUUCUCGUCCUCGUCCAGAAACUCUCUGUUCUCGCCCUGGUUGUCCAUGGAGCAGUCCGACUCGGAAGCGUUGGACAUCAGCACCAAGGUGCAGCUGCACGGGGUGCUGUGGAAGAGGCCCUUCGGACGGCCAUCGGUCAAGUGGUCCCGCAGAUUCUUCAUCAUCAAAGACAGCUUCCUGCUCUACUAUGCAGAGAGCGAAAAGAGAAGCUUCGAGACCAACAGGUUCUUCAACAUCCACCCCAAGGGGGUCAUCCCUUUGGGAGGAUGUGUGGUUUCGUCCAAUGAGAACUUGGGGAUGCCCUUCGGCAUCGUGGUCAACCUGGAGGACUUUACUGGCACCGUAGUACUGGCCGCUGAGUCCGGGGAGGAGCAGGUCCAGUGGAUGGAGAUGCUGCAGGAGUCAGGGAAAGUCACGUGGAAGAGCGCCCAGCUGGGGGAGGCCAUGAUCGAGAGUCUGGAGGCUCAGGGGCUGCAGCUGGCUAAGGAGAAGCAGGAGUACCUGGAUAAACUAAUGGAAGAGACCGAGGAGCUCAGUCACCAGAGAGCACAAAGAGAGGAGCUGGAGCGUCUGAACCAGGUUCUGGAGGAGGAGAAGAUGAAGUUUGAGGAGGUGGUGGGGGAGCUCACGGCCGAGCAGGAGAAUAUCAAACUAGACCUGGACGGCACGGCUCAGUCCCUCAAAGGUGUGGAGAGUGAAAAAGAAGAGCUGAGCAAUUUAACCGUCAUGCUGCAGAAAUCCAUCGAGGAGCUCUCUCAGGAGAAACAGAGGACUCUGGAGCUGUUGGGGGUGACGGAGCCGAGUGAGGCGGAGGCAGCGGGGGAGACCUCGCUGCGCAGGGAGGCCGUGGACGGGGGGGACCACGCAGACGUGAACCUGCUGGAGGACCUGAAACACAUCGAGGAGCAGAUGAGGGCCCUGCUGAAGGAGAAGGAGCAAGCGCACAACAAACUCCGGGAGAAGGACCAGCGGGCUCGCGUCCUGCAGCAGGAGAGGGAGUUCUACUCCUCUCAGGCGGAGACGCUGCAGGAGUCCCUCUCCCAGCUCACGGUGGACAAACAGCAGACCGAGGCCGAGCUCAAGGUGGAGAUAGAGUCCAGGGUGGAGCUGGAGAAGAGACUGAAUCAGGCCGAACAGGCUCUGCAGGAACUGGAGAAAGGCCUGGGCUCCUUGGAGCGCACCAAAGAGACGGAAGAGAAGAUGAAGGGCGGGGUGACCCAGCUGAGGAAAUUCUUUGAGGAGUGCAUCUGUGCAGCUGAGAUUGAGGCGAAGCUUCCGUCCAUAAUGAAGAACGCUGUGUAUCUGCACAAAGCCGCCGCGCGCAGGAUCAAGAGCUGCCGCGUCCAGAGGAGAGCCUCCAGACACCACUGGUUGAAGCACUCCAAGUCUUUCGCUGUGUCCAGUUCGGAUGGCGACAGCAUGGAGGAGCUGCGAGAGACGGCCCGGCGACUGACCACGGACAGCAGCUUCAGAGAGAGCGUGUACGAGAUCAUCGCCCGCAAGGACGCCACCAACAAACCCGAGGGCUGAGAGGUCAAAGGGGGGGAGAACGGUCCUUAGCUUUAGUCCCGCCCCCUGCUGAGUGAUUUAGAGAUCCUGAUGUGAAACCCACUAUUAAGAUACUCAAAUGUCUUUUAUGCGCGUGGUUUUAAACGACCACCUUCCACAUAACAGGUUCUAGGAUCCGUGGAGUGGGAGUCUACUUUUGUGCAUUACUGUUUGUGACUCUUUCCAACAUAAAGAAACCUGAAUAGAUUGAAAAA